AUGUGCUACGAAUGGAAGAACCGCUUCGCCUGCGGGCACGUCGGCUUCCACAAGGUCGAGCGCUGCCACUCGCUAGGGUCCGGCUGCUUCGGCCCCGACGGUUCCGAGCGCUUCCUCGAUGUCGACGGGCUCUGCUACGACUGCACGGCGCGCCUGCAGGACCCGGAGCCGACGGCGGGAGAGGGGGAUCCGUUUCGGGAGGGGACGGAUAUGGUUGGAGGGGGAGGGGGAGGGGAUAGUGGGGAUCGGGGAGCUGGAGGGGGAGGUGGAGGACGGAAGCGAAAUGCACCGACCGAGAGCAGCCCGAGGACGACGCGCUCAAGCACAAGGGCAGCGGGACAAAGUACCGCUCGACGGACAGCUGCGGGUCGAGAUGCCGCCGUCCCAGACAUUUACCGCCAGAUGGUGACCGAGGCGAGAGCUGAAAUUAAUUCCCAAGGCUCUGGUAUUUCGGAACGACCCUUGAAGCGCAGGCGUCCGGGAGAGGGGCGACCAACGAGAACUGAAACGCCCAAAAAUAAGGCCGCCAAAGACAUCAGCAACGAAUUGAGCAAAGUUGUUGUCGGCGAUGCUUCGGAUGAUGACCUGUUUGGGGAUGUCGCUUUACCAACGCCCACGGUACAGACCAUGACAAGGGAUUCGGACGAAGAGGACGAUGACGACAUCGACUUUGAAGAUGUAGCGAUCGAGGCGGCCGGGUCAUCGGUGGCGGCGGCAGGCAAAGGGUCUCAGGAACUAAGUCUGGACCUUUCCGCCCACAUGGCGGCCCUGGCCCCGCGUCGGGCAGACCGUCGCAAGGCCAUCAGCAGAGAAGAGAAGGAGCGCCGUGUCGAUAUUCACAAGGCGCAUCUCGUCUGCCUCCUAGCGCACGUGGAGCUCAGGAACCGGUGGUGCAACGAUCGCGGUGUCCAAGAUGCGCUUCGGCCACUGAUCCCUCAGAAGACGGUGUCUGCCCUGAUACCCAGAGCCAGCCUGAAUCAGUUUGGCCGUUCAGAGUCGCUGAGGAAGGGUCUCCAGGAGGCGAAGGAGCUGUUCAAGCUUAGAUUUACCAUCAUAGAAAGAGGGCUACGGAGGGCGUUGUGGGCCGAGGAUGAAGAACAGUUAAAAGACUAUCAACUUCCGGAUGAUAUGGAGUCCACGCUAGAGAAGAGUGAUUUCCUCGAAGCGGCCAGGACGCUUAGAGGCUCCCGCGAUGUCGGUACCCAGCUGUUUUGUUCCCUUCUGCGAUCUGUUGGAGUGGAAGCCAGACUCGUCUGCUCCCUCCAACCUUUAUCUUUCGUCCCUGGAGCCCCUCCGAUGCCGAAGCAACGGAGAUCACAGGCACAGACACCACAGAAACAGCCAUCCAAAUUUGAUAUGUACGCAGCUGCUGUGGCGAAGCACGAGACCAAGUACCCGGAUUUCCAGGCUGGCGCAACGACCCCCUCUCCGCGUCGACGGCUCGGGCAUCCACAUGCAGCCGCCUACCAACCCCCGUCUAUAACUCCACCGUCUCAACCCCCCAUCCCGUCCACUUCGCAACUCCCCAGAGUCAUUCGUGGCGAGUCCCCGUUCCCGGUAUACUGGGUCGAAGUCCUGGAUGUGGCCCAUCAGAGCUGGCACCCCGUGGACCCCCUCGUAACCGGCACGCAAUGGAAACCGCGUGCCCUCGAACCGCCGGCCUCGGACACCCUCAACACGCUCACCUACGCCAUCGCCUUCGAAGCCGACGCCAGCGCCCGCGACGUCACGCGCCGCUACGCAAAAGCCUACACCUCCAAAACCCGCCGACAGCGCAUCGACGGCCUGCCCACCCCCACCAACCCACCACCACCACCACCACCGGACCCCUCCAACCCCAACCCCCACCCCCUACCCGGCCAGCGAUGGCUCCGCCUCGCACUAAAACGCUACACGCGCCCGCACCCGACCGACCUGGACCAGAUCGAGCGCCACGAGCUGUCCGCGGCGGAGGCGCGCGAGCCCAUGCCGCGCAACGUCGCCGACUUCAAGGACCACCCGGUCUACGCGCUGGCGCGCCACCUGCGCCGCGGCGAGGCCCUCGUCCCCGGCGCCCAGGCCAGCGGCACGGUGAGCGCGGGCGCGAAGGCACCGCUCGAGCGCAUCUAUCGCCGCGCGGAUGUGAGGGUGGUGAGGAGUCGGGAGCGGUGGUAUAGGUUGGGGAGGGUGGUAAGGGAUGGGGAGGAGGCGGUUAAGAGUUGGGUGCGGCCGAGGAGGAGGAGGGGGAGGGGGGUGAGGGGGGGUAGUGAGGGGAGUGAAGGGGAAGAUGAUGAUGAGGAUCCGGAUCGGGUGGGGUUGUUUGGUGAUGCGGCGAGGGGGUACACGCCGCUGUAUAUGAUGGAGCAGACCGACGCGUAUGAGGCGCCGCCUGUUGUUGGCGGCAGGGUGCCCAAGAAUAAGUUUGGCAACCUGGACCUGUACGUGCCGAGUAUGGUGCCCCGCGGCGGCGUGCAUGUCAGGCAUCAGAGGGCUGCGCAUGCGGCGUUUAUAUUGGGGGUGGAUUAUGCGCCUGCGUUGACGGGGUUUGAGUUUCGCGGGCGACAUGGCACGGCGGUGCUGAAUGGCGUUGUGGUACCCGAGGAGGCUGGGGAGGGGGUGUGGGCGGUGAUUGGGGGGCUGGAAGAUAUGGAGGCCGAGGAGGAGGAAGAGAGGCGGUCGAGGAGGGCGUUGAGGAUGUGGAGCCGGUUCUUGAAGGGGCUGAGGAUCAGGGAGAGGAUUUGGGCUGGAGUGGACGAGGAGGCAGAGGAGGCGGGGGGAGCGGAGGAUAAGGGGAAGGGGAGGGAAGUGGAAGUGGAUGAAGAUGUGGGUAUGGAGGAUGUGAGUGAGGAGGAAAUGGGAGGAGGUGGAUUCUUUGUCCCGGAUGAAGACGAUGAUGGUGACGAUGACGGGGGAGGCGGUGGGUUUAUUACAGGUAAAAUGGGCGGCAAACCGCCAUCCCAACCAACCGCAACACCCCUCCCGAUCAACUGGCCACCCCAUAUUCCCUAUCUCGCAACGCCCUCUUACUCACCGCACCUAACCCCAGCCCAUCUCCGUGCUCUCGGCACCCGGCCGGCGGACCCAUCAGACCCGCUCCCUGAGAUCCCCCGCGAUCUCAAGCCGGGCCCGUGUCCGUCGGUCCGCAUCACCCCGAUCACCGACCCUACUCACCCCGCUCACGGCCAAGCCGGCCUCUUCGCCACGCGCGAGCUCGCCCCCGGCACGCUGAUCCUGCCGUACCUGGGCGAGGUGCACGUCGGCACGGCACCCUUUGGACGCCCUCCCAACGCCAGCGGCAGCAGCUCCGACCAUGACGGCUACGACUACGCCGGGUCGGACUACGACCUGUGGCUGGACCGCGACGCGGACCUGGCGGUGGACGCGGCGCGGGCGGGCAACGAGGCGCGGUUCGUGAAUGACUACCGCGGCGUGCCGGGUCGUGCGGGGAGGAAGGCGAAUGCCGAGUUUAGGGUUGUUUGGGAUGGGCGGAGGGGGGAGAGGUGCAUGGCCGUGUUUGUGCUCCCGGCCGGGAAGAGGGCGACGGGGAGGGCGAGGGUGGUUGGGGUGGCGAGGGGGGAGGAGGUGUUGGUUAGUUAUGGGAGGGGGUUUUGGCAGGGGCGGAGGGAGGAGGAGGCUGGUGGGGAUGGGGAUGGGGAGUGGGAGGGGAGUAAGGCGUGA